AUGGAGGGCGCGGUGGAUCCUUCUCGAAGCUUCAUGAAGAACGUGAAGCGCGUGAUCAUCAAGGUUGGCACCGCGGUUGUCACUCGCAAUGAUGGAAGGUUAGCGGUUGGAAGAUUAGGAGCUCUGUGCGAGCAGAUUAAGCAACUCAACUCUCUCAGAUACGACAUUAUCCUCGUCUCCUCCGGCGCCGUCGGUAUUGGCCGCCAAAGGCUCCGUUUCCGCAAAUUACUCAACAGCAGCUUCAGCGACCUUCAGAAACCCGAACACGAACUCGACGGCAAGGCCUGCGCCGCCGUUGGACAAAACAGUCUCAUGGCUCUCUACGAUACUCUGUUCACUCAGCUCGACGUUACAUCGGCUCAGCUUCUUGUGACGGAUAACGAUUUUCGAGAUGAGGAUUUCAGGAAACAACUUACUGAGACUGUGAAAUCAUUGUUGGCGCUGAAGGUUAUUCCGGUGUUCAAUGAGAACGAUGCUGUCAGUACUAGGAAGGCUCCAUAUGAGGAUUCCUCUGGUAUAUUUUGGGAUAAUGAUAGUUUAUCUGCUUUAUUAGCCUUGGAGUUGAAAGCGGAUCUCCUUGUUUUGUUGAGUGAUGUAGAAGGUCUUUAUAGUGGCCCUCCAACUGACCCACAGUCAAAGCUUAUUCAUACAUAUAAUAAGGAAAGGCAUCAGAGUGAAAUUACUUUUGGCGACAAGUCUAGAGUGGGAAGAGGUGGAAUGACUGCCAAAGUAAAAGCUGCAGUUAAUGCAGCAGAAGCUGGCAUUCCUGUUGUUAUUACCAGUGGUUUUGCGGCUGAGAAUAUUAUUAAUGUUCUCCAAGGACAAUGUAUAGGAACUCUCUUCCAUAAAGAUGCACAUGAGUGGGCCCAAGUAAAAGAGGUUGAUGCACGAGAGAUGGCAAUUGCUGCCAGGGAAUGUUCCAGAAGGCUCCAAGCCUUAUCUUCAGAUGAAAGGAAACAAAUUUUAUAUAAAAUAGCUGAUGCCCUGGAAGCAAAUGAAAAAAUAAUCACGACUGAAAAUGAAGCUGAUGUUACCACUGCACAAGAAGCAGGAUAUGAAAAAUCUUUGGUGGAUAGGCUAGCUUUAAAACCUGGGAAGAUUGCAAGUCUUGCAAACAACAUGCGCAUUAUUGCCAAUAUGGAAGAUCCAAUAUGUCGAGUAUUAAAACGAACUGAGCUUGCAGAUGGGUUAAUUUUAGAAAAGACAUCAUCGCCUUUAGGAGUGCUUCUUAUUGUUUUUGAGUCACGCCCUGAUGCUCUUGUACAGAUAGCUUCACUGGCAAUCCGAAGUGGGAAUGGGCUUCUCUUGAAAGGUGGAAAAGAAGCUAAGCGGUCAAAUGCAAUUUUGCACAAAGUAAUUACUGAGGCCAUACCAGACACUGUUGGUGGAAAACUUAUAGGGCUUGUGACCUCAAGGGAAGAAAUCCCGGAGCUACUGAAGCUGGAUGACGUAAUUGAUCUGGUCAUUCCAAGAGGUAGCAACAAACUUGUUUCUCAGAUCAAGAGUUCAACUAAAAUUCCUGUUUUAGGUCAUGCUGAUGGAAUUUGCCAUGUCUAUGUUGAUAAGUCUGCUAAUCUGGAGAUGGCAAGACGGAUUGUACUGGACGCAAAAAUAGAUUAUCCAGCAGCCUGCAAUGCCAUGGAAACACUUCUUAUCCACAGGGAUUUGAUAGAGAAAAGUUGGCUCAAUGAUAUCGUACUUGACCUACAAACUGAAGGCGUUAUAUUAUUUGGAGGACCAAUAGCAAGUUCUCUGUUGAAUGUUCCACAAGCACAUUCAUUUCAUCACGAGUACAGUUCGCUGGCUUGCACUGUUGAAAUUGUGGAUGACGUGUAUGCAGCAAUUGAUCACAUAAAUCUUUAUGGAAGGCACGUCGUUGUUUUCUGCUUGAUAGGAAAUAUUGCACAUACUGAUUCCAUCAUUGCUGAAGAUAACGAAGUGGCUAGUGUGUUUCUACGCCAAGUAGACAGUGCUGCUGUUUUUCACAAUGCAAGCACCAGAUUCAGUGAUGGGACACGAUUUGGACUAGGUGCAGAGGUUGGAAUUAGUACGAGCAGGAUUCAUGCUCGAGGUCCAGUAGGAGUUGAGGGAUUGUUAACAACAAGAUGGAUACUAAAAGGAAGGGGACAAAUAGUAGAUGGUGAUAGAGGGGUUGUCUACACCCACAAAGACAUUGCAGCUUAA